UACGUGGUGUGUCAUCUGGACAGAGCGUUUAAUCGGAAGAUUUGUUGAAGUUAAUACAUUCGUUGAAAAGUUUUAAGACACAUUAUGACUUUCGACCCCGUUUACGUCAAGACAGAAAUUUUGUCACCUAAUGCUGAAGAGAUUUCUCCUGUGCCCAGCAGCAGCGGCAGUGCUGCUGAUGACUCCGUCAGGGUCAAGCAGGAGAUGAUUUUUCUCCCCGAGAGUGUGGGUAUGAAAACAGAAGAAGAAUCCCCCAAAGAUGAGGAGGUAUUGCCAGGUGGUGGGCAGCUGGCGACCGGCUCUGACCCACUGGAUAAGAAACACGUCAGUCUCGGAGCUCGCCAGUAUGAGAAUGCUUCUUCACCGAGUUCUUGGAGUUUCAGGUUACUAGAAGUGAACCACGAGACAGACUGCACUGACCGGACAACAUCCAGUCUCCAUCCAGACGUAAUCUACCCAGAGCAGUGCGGGACACCGGGAUCAUCGAGGCGAGACUGCGACGAAAGUGAUCCGUUUGUGACAGAAUGUGCGAGUGAUCCUCUCGGAAAUGACGUCCCUCGCGGAAAUGAGACGAGGGUCGUCGAAAGGUUCAGCUGUGCACACUGCGAGAAGACUUUCUUCUCGAAGUACUGCAUCACGAAGCACGUGUUCAGCCACGAGACCGGUGUCCCGGCCCCGGCGUCCAUCUGCGAGCUGUGUGGCGACGUGUUUCCAGACGCGGUUGGCCUGAGCCGGCACGUGGCCGACCGCGGCUGCGAGGAUCGUGGUGGGGGUGAGGGCGGGGCCGAGGGCGUGGCCGGGGAGGCGGGGCCCCGGCGGGCGGAGCUGCCGCCCAUCAGCCAGAUCCGGCCAUUCACCUGCCGGGCGUGCGGCGCCACCUUCGCCAGGCUGGGCCACCUCAAGGUCCACCUCACCAUCCACGCCGAUGACCGCCCACAUGCCUGCGAUGUGUGUGGAAAGCGCUUCCGCCAGUCGGUGCACCUGACGAUCCACAAGCGGCUGCACUCGGACGAGCGGCCGUACGGCUGCGAGGUGUGCGGCAAGGCGUUCCGGCAGUCGGUGCACCUGCAGAUCCACCUGCGCCAGCACACCGGCUACCGGCCCUUCAGCUGCGACGUGUGCGGCCGGACCUUCACGGACCGCACCGGCCUCAACAGGCACAAGGCGGUGCACUCGAGGGACCACCCGUUCGCCUGCGACACCUGCGGCAGGUCCUUCCGCGACGAGGACGGCCUGCGCGAGCACCGCACCCACAACACCUGCGCCGCCGGCCCCUUCUCGUGCGACAAGUGCGGCAGGUCGUUCGCGGACCCGUUCGCGCUCAAGCGGCACCUGCGGGUGCACGAGAGCAAGAAGCGGAAGCCGUGCGACGUGUGCGGCGACGGCGGCGCCGGGGGCCGGGCGUGCCGGCACGACAAGCCCUACGUGUGCAAGGUGUGCGGCAGGGACUUCGCGCGCGCGUCCUCGCUCAAGCGGCACGUGUCCGUCCACACGGUGGCCAGGACUUUCGAGUGCGCGAGCUGCCACAGGAGGUUCAAGUGGGAGAGCAGCCUCUGCGCGCACAAGUGCGGGCUCGACACCACCCCGAAGCAGUUCUCCUGCGACGUCUGCGGCAAGCGGUUCCGCUUCCGGCACAACGCCGAAGCCCACCGCAAGGUCCACACGGGCGAGAGCACCCACUCGUGCGAGGUGUGCGGGAAGCUGUGCAACUCUGCGGCCAACUUGAGGAGCCACUACACCGUCCACAGCGAAGAGCGGCCGUACACCUGCGAGACCUGCGGCAAGGGCUUCCGGCGCAGUGGGAACCUGGUGGCUCACCGGAAGACGCACCUCACUGCUGGCCGCGACUACGGACUCAGUCCCGUGACUUUCGACACCGUCAGCAACGUCCGGGAGCACGCCAGUUCGUCGCUGGCUGCUCCGCCGUUGCCCGACGACAACAGUGCCUUUAGUAGUGCAUUGUUUUACGAGUGUACCAUCUGUCGGAGUUCUUUUACUGACGCUAUUAGUUACUGGAGGCACGUAGGUGAACACUCUGGUAAUCCUAAGGUGGGCAUCGCUGGUGGCCACAGUGAAGCGAUGUACACUGCACCGCCUGGUGAAGCGACGUACACUGCACCGCCUGGUGUUAGCUUGGAAGCUGCCCUCGACCGUGACACGCAGCCUGUUAACAGUGCCUUUACUUGUGAACCAGAAAUGGUAAUACCUGUAGGUCCAGAAAUUGUACAUAUGUAUUGAUUACAGUCUAAAUGUGCUAUUGUACUUGGUAAAGAAUAUAGCGGAAAUAACAAUA